AUGGCUCUAAAAUGGCAUCCUGACAAAAAUCCCGACAAUGUGGAAGAAGCUUCCAAAGCUUUUAAAUUAAUUGCUGAGGCGUAUGAAGUAUUAUCUGAUGAGGAGAAACGCGAAGCAUACAACUUGGCACAAAGUAGUAGCGCACAUCAGCAUCCGAAUGGUAGCUUUGCAGGCGCGAAUCAUGCUGAAUUUGCAGACAGUGGAUUUGGGCCCACGGGUGGUGCAUCCUUCCAAACCUAUGCCAAUUCAGGCCAUCAUUCGGAGAUGCCCAGUUUCAGUAUGUUCAGCAAUGUUGAGAUGGACGAUGAUCACUGGCGAGAUCCCUUCGGCGGGAUGUUCUAUAACUUCACGGAUCCUUUUGAGUUAUUCAAUUCCUUCUUCCAGGAGAUGGGCUUAGACAAUGGCAUGGGUAGUGGUUUUAUCCAGAACGCGCACCGGGAUAUACACCAUCAUGUCACGAGUACAAUGUUCAACCAACAUCAGCAGAUUCAGCAAUCGCCCAUGAAUCGAGGUGCCACAGAAGUACAAAGGCAACGAAAUUUACAGAUGCAGCAGCAACAGCAGCAGCAAAUGGCAAUGCAUAUGGAUCGACAACGGCGACACGACUUGAUGUAUCAACAACAGCGUAUGAUAAAUCAGAAUGAAGCUACUAUAGCCCAACUGCAGGAGCAGCUCCAGGCAAACUCCGAAAGACCACGUCAACAAUCACAACAGACGAGUACAAUAUUACUGGGUGGAUCGAGAGAUCUGCAGUCAUACUCAUCACCUGGAUUCGCCUCUCCAGGGAUGCAAAUGAUGCAGAUGCAUCAGCAAAUGAUGAUGUCCGGAGGUGGUUUCGGCGGAAGUUUCGGUGGAGGUUUUGGUGGCAUGGGCAUGGGCAUGGGCUUUGAUGGCUUCGGAGCGAUGGGAGGGAUGACUCCCAUGAGUGGAUUUGGGCAGAUGGGGAAUAUGUUUCCUCCAAUGUUUGAUAUGAAUGGGAUGCAGAGCAGCGGAGCAUCAUCCUCAUCCACAUCCACCCAGAUAGUCAAUGGCCGCACAAUCGUUACGAAAGAAGAGAUUCGGGAUGGGCAUCGGGUCACUAUCGUCAUAGAGGAUGGAACGACAGUCGCGCACACCGUUGAUGGGGUGGAUCAGCUCGGGUAGAUUGAUACAGAUGUACUAUAACUCAACUUGUCGCCUCGAGCGUAAUAUGCCCAUCAAGAAAGUUCAUCGCAGUGCAUGCUCCAAUUGCAGCGCGUGCUCCAUGUUUUCAGAAACCGGUGAAAGUUAAAUGCGCAGAAGCAUCUACUAUGCAGAUCACAUUUUCUCGAAAGCAAUUUUUCUAUGCCGAACCCUAUGUACAGUGAUCAACUUCGAGAAAGCAAUGACGUUCAUUUAACAGACUUCCGUACUCUUGGCCCAUAGCGAAAUAAGCCGAUAGGUGCGAAAAGUUCAUGACACUAAUGUUCACAGCUUGCUUCGGAGUGUGAGGAAAUAGGAUCGUAUGUAGGGCAGCCAUCAGCCACGAAUUUUACUCUACAAAUCACGCACGAGCGCAUCCACCUAUUCGAGUCACGGGCUACAAACAUGCAUUAGUAAUGCACAUGUUGUUUUACAGCUUGCGGAAAUUGGAUUGUACAGCUGCCGCAAAAACGUGACAAACUGCAAGCCUGAAGCCUGGUAACCAGUAUGGAGGUAAAAAAUGUUUCGAUUACCGUCAAUUUUGUAUGAUAAACAUAGCAGCGGCCUGAUCCGAAAUACAUUGGAAUGAUAGAUACAUCAGAAAACUGCAACUCGCACGCCGACUGAGAUUACGUAAUCUUCAAUUGGUUUAGGAAGAGGCUGAUCCACGUAUUCUCAAGGUUUCCCCAGACACUAUCACUUCCAGUAGUGGGUGCACAGACGAUGCUCAUGCACUGACCGUUUUACACAUUUUUUCCUAUAUUGCAAUGCCAGCUACACAAAGUAAACAAUAAAAGCUCUG